UCGGUACGGUCAUGACACCUCAUACAAGGCAGCAUUAUCAUGAAGAGGUUUCAUUCAGGUCUCUCUUUAAAUAAACACUGUCUUUGGCAGGAGGAAAACCAAACUUCGAGGAACCAAAGAUGUCCAAACCAGCAAGACGACACCUCUGCUCCCAAUGUGGAAAGAGUUUUAACCAGUUAGGAAGCCUGAAAGCUCAUGAGCGAAUACACACAGGGGAGUUGCCUUACCACUGCUCCCAGUGUGGAACUAGGUUUACCAAAUUAGGAAGCCUGAAAAGACAUGAGAGGAUACACACAGGAGCGAAGCCACACCAUUGCGCCCAGUGUGGAAAGAGUUUUAACAAGUUAGGAAACAUGAAAUCUCAUGAGCGAAUACACACAGGGGAGAAGCCUUACCACUGCUCCCAUUGUGGAAAGAGUUUCAGAGAGUCAGGAAAGCUGAACGCUCAUAAGCGAAUACACACAGGGGAAAAGCCUUACCGCUGCUCCCACUGCGGAAAGCGUUUUAACCAUUCAGAAAAGCUGAAAGAACACAUGAGACUGCACACAGGGGAGAACCCUUGCAAAUGCUCAGACUGUGGGAAGACAUAUUACUCAUCACGGUCACUUAAACGUCAACACAAGAGAAUACACACAGGGGAGAAGCCUUACCACUGCUCCCAGUGUGGAAAGUGUUUUGAACUGUCAGGGGACCUGGAACGACACGAGAGAAUACACACAGGGGAGAAGCCUUACCACUGCUCCCAGUGUGGAAAGCGGUUUAACCAGAAAGGUCAUCUGAAUGAACAUGAGAGAAUACACACAGGGGAGAAGCCUUACCACUGCUCCCAGUGUGGAAAGUGUUUUAACCAGUCAGGGGAGCUGAAACGGCAUGAGAGAAUACACACAGGGGAGAAGCCUUACCACUGCUCCCAGUGUGGAAAGCGGUUUAACCAGAAAGGGGAGCUGAAACGGCAUGAGAGAAUACACACAGGGGAGAAGGCUUACCACUGCUCCCAGUGUGGAAAGCGGUUUAACCAGAAAGGAAACCUGAAUGAACAUGAGAGAAUACACACAGGGGAGAAGCCAAAGACAUCUUACCACUGCUCCCAGUGUGGAAUGAGUUUUAACGAUUUAGGGAACCUGAAUAGACACGAGAGAAUACACACAAGGGAGAAGGCUUACCACUGCUCCCAGUGUGGAAAGUGUUUCAACCAGCCAGGGGAGCUGAAAUGGCAUGAGAGAAUGCACACAGGGGAGAAGCCUUACCAUUGCUCCCAGUGUGGAAACUGUUUCAAAUGGCCCGCGGAUCUGAAACGGCAUGAGAGAAUACACACAGGGGAGAAGCCUUACCACUGCUCGCAGUGCGGAAAGGGUUUUGACGAGCCGGGGGAGCUGAAAUGGCAUGAGAGAAUACACACAAGGGAGAAGCCUUACCACUGCUCCCAGUGUGGAAAGUGUUUCAACCAGCCGGGGGAGCUGAAAUGGCAUGAGAGAAUACACACA